CUCGACGCUCUCGACGACCGUCUGCUCGCCGUCUGACUCGUCGUCGUCGUCGCCAUCGCUGCCACCAUCGUCGCCCGCUACUUGCCUCGGCGACCUCGCAGCCCGGCCGCAAGCCGUGCAUGUCUGUGCCCACCAUGGUAGCUCUCCUUCCCCGCACGCGCACUGAAUCAGCCUCCCGCAGGCACGUCCAUGGCCUCCUUCGCGUCCCUCAUUGACCGCGUCCGCGGCGGCCACUCCCCCGUCGAGCUCGUCUACGCCUCCCACCCCGCCUGGCCCCACCCCCCGCGGCCCGCUCCCACGCACGGCACUCUCCGCGUCGCCGUCCUCGACUCGUCCUUCAACCCGCCCUCGCGCGCCCACCUCGCCCUCGCGAACGCGCCGCGCCCCGCGUUCUCCGAUGAGGACCCAUCCGACGGCGGCGACUACGACGCGAAGCUCCUGCUGCUCUCUGUGCGCAACGCGGACAAGCAACUCGCGCCCGGCGACGCGGCGCACACGCAGCGGCUCGCGAUGAUGAUCCUCCUCGCGCGCGCCGUCCUCCGCGUGCCCUCCGCGGCCGUGCUACUCCCAUCCAGCGACGGGGCCCCCGGAGGCCCUGCUGCGCCCGGUGUUCCCCACGACAACGUCGCAGUCGCGAUCAUAGACGAACCCACGUUCGUGGGCAAGUCCUCCGUCCUCCUCUCCUACUUACGGCAUCGCCUAUCCGCCCCUCCAGCCUCCCUCUCCGCCCCUCCUCACCCCGAAUCCACGCCUAUUUCCCAACCCCCCGUCGCCCCCGCUUCCCCAGACGUCCCACGCCCGCAGCUGACCUUCCUCGUCGGCACCGACACCCUCGAGCGGCUCUUCGCCCCGCGGUACUACCCCUCCCCCGUUGCGAUGCAGACCGCCCUCCGCCGCUUCCUCUCCGCGCACCCCGCCGGCGACGACGCGCGCGUCGUCUGCGCCCGCCGCGCCCUCGCCUCCCCCGAGGCCGACCCGGAAGAGGACAAGCUCAAGGCGGCGAUACGCGAGAUCGCCGAGGAGGGCCGCGUGCUCCUGGUCGAUAUCCCGGAGGAGCUGAGGGCGGUGAGUAGUACAGCGAUCAGGCGAGACGUGCGCAGCGGGGAUGCGUGGAGGGCGAUGGUCAGUCCGGCGGUGGCGGAGUACGUAGUCGAGCAUGAUUUGUACCGUGCUUAGCUAUGCUGUUGCUACGAAUGAUCUACUGGUCUCUUGAAUAUAUCUGCUGAAGGUGA